AAAAACAACAGGCGGAGUAUAAAAGGGGGGAGCAGUGGAGGAAGAGGCUUGUUUUUGUUCCUGGAGUUGCAGUGACAAAGAGCUGAGCUAAGGGAAGGAAGCUUUUUAACCCAGGGACUGGGGCAGUGAGGGGGCACCACAGAGAUGUGGGCGUGCCUCAGCCUGCUCCUCACUCUCUGCCUGCUCCAUGGGGGCGCGGCAGAGAGUGAUGGGGGCGGGCCCAGCUGUCAGAUGCCUCCAGCCUGGAAGAUAGGAGAUGUGUAUCCCAUGCAGGCCUCCAUGGGCAGGGUGACGGUGGUGGCCCUUCUCCAGGCCAGCUGACUGUUCUGUUUGGUGCAGGCUUCCAGAAUGGACAGCCUGCGCCAAAACAUGGAGAGUCAGGGUCUGAAGGAUGUGGUCUACAUGGUCGUCAACCACCAGGGGGAGCAGGCACAGCGCCUGCACUCCAUGAUGGCCCAGAGACUGUCUGAGAACAUCACUCUCUACAAGCAGGACGAGCAGCAGCCUGAUGUUUGGCAGGCGCUGAAUGGAAACAAGGAUGACUUUCUCAUCUAUGACAGGUGUGGCCGCCUUGCCAAGAAAAUUUCGCUUCCUUAUUCCAUCAUUGGGUACGGCCACAUUGAGGGAGCGAUCAAAGACACCUACUGCAAGCGCUUAUGUGGAGAGUGCACGUAUGAGAGCGCUGAGAUCCCAGAGGAGUGCAAAGAGAAAGCAGAUGCACAGCCUGACACAGAUGGUGCUCCUCCUGUAAACCAUGAUCACGGUCAUGGUCACCACCAUGGUCACCAUCAUGGUCACCAUCAUGGGCAUCAUCACGGUCACGGCGGUGGGCACCAUGGCGAUCAACAUGGCGAUCAACAUGAUUUCCAACCUCGUGGCUUUGGUCACGGCCAGAAUCACGACCAUGGUCAUCAUCAUCAUCAUCAUGGAAGUCAUGAUGGUGCUGGUUCUGACCAUGGACAAAGUCAUAGUCAACAUGGCGUUCAGCAGCAGGCACAUGACCAAGCUGGCGCGUGGUCUCACGGUCAACAAGGUGUAGAUUUAAGCCAGAUGCAGCAAGCAGAUGCUGGGCACGUGAUGCAGGUGGCGCACGGAGAUGCCGGCAUGCCUUGAGCUGCAGAAAAGACGAGGUGAAAGUCAAAACACAGCUGACAGUGGACAGCAGGCUCUGACAACGAAGCCUCUCCGAAGACCAGCUGAUGCUGACACUGACGCAGGCUGUUUGGCGAAGCAGAGAGCGAGCAGCCGGUCGGUCUCUGACACUGUGACGAGGCUCUGCCAGCCUCCUGACAGUGACACGGACUGACAGGCGACGCAGCAAAUAACGUCAGGGAGACCUGACAGUGACGCUCGCCUCCUGCCGCCUGACAGCAGCCUCAGCCGGCACAGUGAGCCUGACCUCCAGGUGUUGCGAGCUGAGGGUGAGAGCAGCUGUAAGCUGGUCCAGAUGUCACCCUCACAUUACCACCAGCCAGCAACAUCAGGGCUCAGAGCUCUUUUUACCAACAAGUAUUACUCUGAGAGAGGGGAGAUCAAUCCCGACAGCCGGCAUAUGGAGUAGAUAAAUAGUGCCCAAUAUCGCACAGACAUAGACGACGCAAGGCAAGAAGCACAUCAGCCCAAGCAUUCUCAGUAUGCACUGACUAGGUCUUUUUUUUAUCUGUCUCAAUAUGUCUGUCCGUGGGUUUCUUUCAUCCUCUCUCAGCAGUGUAUGUGGUCAUCAUGUUCGCAAACGACCUUUUCUGUUUUGUUCUCUCCAUCCUUUAUGAAACCAGACACAUAAACUACGCUCUAGUGGUGUCUGAACGAUGUCAGGCUGGAGAGAAAAGAGAGGGCACUGCGAAAACAUGAUUAACACUUUAAACUUUCAAACUUUUGAAAAUGACAAAGAAUGUGCAAAAUCCUGAUAAAUUUGGGAGAAAAAUAAAUUGUAUUACAACAGUCACUGUAGUGUAAAAUAGGCAUUAUUUACCACUGCCUAUUAGCUAGUUACAAAAAAGAACAAAAUGAAAAAAAAAAAAGAAAGAAACUGAAGCACUGAUCCACCACUGGGUAAUAAAGCAAAAGCAUCUUAAACCAGAUCA